CUGUUGUGACGUUAUAUCAGGAGUCUUCUUAUGGCGAGGAACUAUCUUGUUGUACGCGCUGUCUCUACCAAGUCUAGACUAGGUACAAGAACUUGUUCCUAUGGACGGGGAAUAACUUCCUACCCUAUCCCUCGGACCUCCAGACGAGGUACAACCAUCAUCAUCGGCAUCUAAUACGGGUUCUAACGCCCUACCCCUAGACGAGGUACGCCCACCAUCAUCUUCAUCUAAUACGGGUUCUAAUCUGCAUUUUGGUAUUGCCGGCUGUCGCUCUCUUCGCAGCCCUCUCCGGUUUCCUUUUGGUUCAGCACCAAGCUGCAUUGCAGAAAAAGUAUACAGCUUUUGAUUAUAUUUUAGGAGAUCUGAGAUCGAUGCUAGUUUGUUUUUACUCACUUAGGGCUCCACCACAACUUAUGAUUCUUCAGCAGCAAGUGCAAGUAUUACAUAAAACGUCUCAGGAUCCAUUGGACAUUUCUCAUUCCAGUUUUGCGCCGCGGUCGCCUUUGAAUACUGGCAACGAACAGGGGAGCAGAUCAUCCAAAUUGGUGGUGGACGCGGUCACGCAUGAGGGGACGAG